UUUUUCUUGCCUAAAACCAAGUAAAAUUAGUGUCCCUCAAGGCCACACUAAAAACCAAAACCCUGGAACGACAUACAGAAGAAGGCAUAAGCAUCUUCAGAGAUCGGCUCCCAGGUAUAUCAUGCAGAAAAGCACUAUUCUGCUAAACUCAAAGGUAAUGACAGGUAUCUCUGCCGGGGGCGGCGCCAAGCGGUCCAGCGGAAGAAAGACUUGGAUCCUGGGCCUCGGAAAGGUGCUGCCUGAAGUGCGAGCCGUCUUCUUUCCUCCCCCUCCUUUGCGGCACUCUUAAGGUCCCAAUAACCUGAGACCGGCGAAUCUGAGCAGGAGAGGGACUGAGCAGCAGAUCCCUCGCCCGGAGGAGCAGCAGCAGCAGCUUCGAAGGAAGCGCGUGCACUUCAGCAGCGCGUGGCUCAGGUUUCUUGACUAGCCUUGGCCCGGGCCUGGCGCGCGAGCCUCCCGUCUCGCGUUUCCUCGCGUCUUUGGGGAAAAGUCUACGAGGCGAGCGGCUACUUGUGGGAAAGUGCAGCACAGACGAAGGAAGAGGAGGAGGGAAAGGCGGCGAGGCAGGGAGGGGUGAGAACUCAAGAAACACACGACCCGGGCGCCUUCCGUCCUUUCUCUUUCCUUCCCUCCCUUUCCUUCCCUCACCAGCCACUCGCUCUCAGGCAGAGGGCGCUUUAGCCAUGCCCGCCCGCCCCUGCGGUUACCGCUGCCGCACAGCUCCACGCGUUGGAGAGGCUCCCGCUGCCCGUCCUCUGCUAGCGCGGCUGCCACUGACAAGGCACCCGAAGAAGCGAGGAGGUAACUGAAGCCGGCUGCUGCCCCUACCCAGCUGGCUGGCAUAGAGCCCCCUGGCGGGGCCGGGGGCUGAAGAGGACACUUUCCACCUUUCUUUUGCCUCGGAAACUCCGUUGACCUCCCUCAGCUACCGGGGGAGCCCGGUUCGGAUGUCCGGUUUCUUACGGUCCCUUUUUUCCUAAUCAACCCCACGUAACUUUGGAAGAAGACAAACGGGAGGGGGGGAAAAAAAGAAAACGCAACCGCCGAGAGAGCGAGCGAGCGGGCCAGCCAGCAGGCGAAGGGGCGGGAGGGGAUUUCGUGGCCCCUUCCUUUGCUCCAUCCCGGGGAACCGGCUGCUUAAAGGUCUGCCAAGCGAGUGCCAAGAGUGGAGGAGAGCCCCACAGCGUCAACCACACGCUGUCUUUACGGCUUCUGCGGUCGCGCUUGCCGCCUUUUGCACAAUGCACUUGCUGGGAUUAUUCUCUUUGGGUUGCUAUCUGGCUGCUGCUGCUGUCGUGCUGUUAGUCGCUCGCGAGCCCGCGAUAGCUGCUGCCUACGAAUCCGGGCAGGGCUACUACGAGGAGGAGCCCGAUUUGGGGGAGGCAAAGAAUUAUGCAAAUAAAGAGUUGGAAGACCAGUUGCGGUCAGUAUCAAGUGUGGAUGAACUCAUGACUGUACUUUAUCCAGAAUAUUGGAAAAUGUUUAAAUGCCAGCUGAGGAAAGGGGGUUGGCCACACAGGGAACAAUCCAACUUUGAUGGAAGAACAGGUGAUUCAAAUCCAAUAAAAUUUGCUGCUGCACAUUAUAAUACAGAAAUAUUAAAAAGUAUUGAUAAUGAGUGGAGAAAAACUCAAUGCAUGCCACGUGAAGUAUGUGUAGAUGUGGGAAAAGAAUCUGGAGCAACAACAAACAUCUUCUUUAAACCUCCAUGUGUGUCCGUCUACAGAUGUGGAGGUUGCUGCAAUAGUGAAGGCCUGCAGUGUAUGAAUAUCAGUGCAAGCUACGUCAGCAAAACGUUGUUCGAAAUCACUGUGCCCCUGUCUCAUGGUCCCAAACCUAUAACAAUUAGUUUUGCCAAUCAUACUUCCUGCCGGUGCAUGUCCAAACUAGAUGUCUACAGACAAGUUCAUUCAAUUAUUCGACGUUCCUUGCCAGUGAUACAAGCACAGUGUCAAAUAACAAAUAAAACCUGUCCAAAAAGUCAUAUUUGGAAUAAUCACUUAUGCAGAUGUCUGGCACAACAUGACUUCAGUUUCUCCUCCUAUCCACCAGAUACUGAUACUGCUGAAGGAUACCAUGAUAUCUGUGGGUCUAACAAGGAGCUUGAUGAAGAAACCUGUCAGUGUGUCUGUAAAGGAGGAGUGACACCUUCUAGCUGUGGAAUUCACAAAGAACUAGACAGAACAUCAUGUCAGUGUACAUGUAAAAAUAAACUGCUUCCUAGCUCUUGUGGACUCAACAAAGAGUUUGAUGAAGAAAAGUGCCAAUGUGUGUGUAAAAGAACAUGCCCUAAAAACCAGCCAUUAAAUCCUACAAAAUGUAUUUGUGAAUGUGUAGAGUCACCAAACAAAUGCUUCUUGAAAGGAGAAAGAUUUCAUCACCAAACAUGCAGUUGCUACAGACGACCAUGUACUGUUCGAAAGAAACGCUGUGAUUCUGGAUUCUAUUAUAGUGAAGAAGUUUGUCGCUGUGUACCCACAUACUGGAAACUACCACUUAUCAAUUAGAAAAGACAAUGUCAUUUGAUGUACAUUUUUUCCUGUUUCUACUUUUAAAAAAACUGCUAACGUGGAUUUACAAUGCAGAAGAGACAUUAUAACAUUAUUGGAAACAGACACACUUUUACUCUGAGACACAUGGGAAGUAAUUUUUUUUUAAAAACUGGGAUUUUCUUCAUUAUGAAGAUUAUAAUUUGUCAGUGAUGAAGCAGACUAAAUUUUCUUCAUUGUGAUUUUUUUUAAAAAAAGAUAAUGAUUACAUAAUUUAUUUUCUUUUAAAGAUACUGUAUGCAUUCCUUUUUUUAUACCGGAAACAAUUUUUAAAUUUCGCUGUGAUCAAUAUUUUUAUAUCUUGCAAAACAUGUUUUAAAUAAAAUUGAAGUGUAUUAUAUAUUGUUUGAGAAAAUGCAGCAUUCUGUCUUGUUACUAUGUUUAAAUGUAAUUGAUAUAACAGAAUAACAGAGUUGGGAGGAAUCUUGGAGGUUUUUUAGUCCAGCCCCCUGCUCAAUCAGAAAUCCUAUACCAUUUCAGACAAGUGGUUUAAAAACUUCCAGUGAUGGAGCAGCCACAACUUCUGAAGGCAAGCUAUUCCACUGAUUAAUUGUUCUAUCUGUCAGGAAAUUUCUCCUUAGUUUUAGGUUGGUUGUUCCCUUGAUUAGUUUCCAACCAUUGCUUUUUGUUCUGCCUUCAGGUGCUUUGGAGAAUAGGUUGACCCUUUCCCUUUUGGAGAAUAGGUUGACCCUUUCUUUGUGGUAGCCCCUCAAAUAUUCGAAGACUGGUAUCAUGUCACCCCUAGUCCUUCUUUUCAUUAAACUGGACAUAUACAU